UUAAUGAUUUUAUAAUUUCUAAUUGAUUUCACAGAGAAUGCAUUUUACCUGGUGUCCAAAGACCUGUUUCUGUGGACUUGAAUUUGAUUAAACCUCUGUCUUCUGAGCUGGCAUUUGAAAGCAGUUUACAAAACACUAGCAAAAAUGAAUAAUAAAAUGGGUUAUUUGGUAUGGACAAUUGGACAUUUUCAUGUAUGUGGUUCUAAACUGUUUUCCGGCUUUAGAACUGCAAUGAGAACAUGCACGUUAAGGAUCAGUAGACAUAAGAGUGCCAUACAAAGUGUGAACCCAAGAAGAUUCCUGUUAAAUGUUCCUUCUUGUGGGCUUGAAUUUUCUCUGCGAUUGCUGUCUCAGGGGAUACCUGUGUAUUGUAAAGGAGAUGCCACUGUACAAGAACAGAAUGCUACAAAGACUCUAUUAGAUGAGCAUGUGCAACCCUAUUCUAGUGCUUUGGACCCUCUAGAAGAAGAUAGGAGUAGUGUUGAAGAGAUACUUAUAGAGAAGAGUGAAAGGAGUCUAUCACAGCAGUUCUUUGAUGACCUUCAAAAAUGCACAUCUCCCACUGAUGUUUUAGAUCUAGUUUCAAAGUCUGCUGCCUCCUGGAAGCAUUGUAGUAACUGUUUUACUACUAUGUGGGUGCUCACUAAAAAGCUGUCAGAAGACCAGAAGCGUUAUGAGAGACAACUGAUGAUUGAACAUCCUGCAUUUAUGAAGUUGUGUCAGCAUCUGAUGCAAGAUUCUAGGAGCAUGUGGUGUGAUGACUUGGUAUACAGUCUACAUGCCGUGCUGAAGCUAGGUAUACCCCAGAACACUCGACUGGUUCAGACCUUGCUGAGAGUCUGUCAGGAGCGCCUCAAUGAAUUUAAUGACCGGAGUCUUUCUGUUGUGGCAACCACCUUAUCAACCAUGGAACCAAGCAGCAAUGUGGAUGCUCUUCAAGCUGGAUUACAGUUACUGGUAGAGCAACGAAUUCCAAAGAUCAGUAACAUUUUUAUGUUGCAAAGCAUAAUGAAAUGCAUUGGAAAAGAUGCCCCACUUUCUCUCAAAAGGAAAUUUGAGAAUAGAAUUUUGAAGGAGCUGGACCACUUGACUUUUCUGAAUGCUCAACACAUGUUUAGUGCUCUGGCUGCGAUGAAUCACUGCUCCAUUCCAAUCUUGGAGGCCUGCAGUAACAAAACCAUUGAGAAUAUCCAUGGUAUUCCAUUUUGGCAGCUAAUCCACAUUCUAAGAUCAUGCCGCAUCCUCCGGUACCACAAUGUAGUUCUGUGUUCAGCAGUAGCAAACUACGUGACUUCAGCCAUCUAUAUGUGGGACACUAAACAGAUUGUCCUGUUUUUGUCUGCCUUCGAGGGUGUUCAUUUUCGACCUGUCGAGCUGAUGGAUAUUGUGGCUGAGAAGGUGACAAGUCAUCCUGAAUCCCUGAACCUGAAGGAUAUUCUGAGUAUUCUCCGGGUGUAUUCACUUCUCAACCAUGUACCCAAAAGGAAAAAUCAGGAGUUCCGGGAGUCUCUUAAUGCUGCCUUGAAUAAGUACCUCACCAGGAUUUCGAAUGUGGAUCUGUUGAAGGCAGUGUAUUCAUUUUGCAUGUUAGGGUAUCUGCCCCAGGCUGCAAUUAGUCAGCUUCUGCAAGAGGAUAACCUCAGUGAUAUACUAACAACAGAAGGAUUUAAGAAAGAACAGAAUGAAAAGAUGCUGCACUGUGUGAAUGUGUGUCUGGAACUUGAUAGCCCUUCUUCAUUCCCCAAGCCAGCAGCUGUGUUCACAAAGAAACCCUCCUCACCUUUGGUUUCUGAUUUCCCUGAGGUUCGGGAGGCUCUGCUGAAACUUCUGGGAGAUGAGCGUAUGUUUCAGCAAAACAUCCAGCUGCCACAUGAUUACAACAUUGCUUUUGAAAUCGAAAUGGAUGCAGACAGAAAGAAAGUGCUUCCAGUAACUGAAGCGGAAGAUCCUGCUGAUUCUCCUGAUGUUCAAAGAGUGGCUGUUCUCUGUGCUCCUGUAUCGGCUUUCUGUUUUGGCACAAGGCAUCCCCGAGGCAAGUUGGCAAUGAAGAUAAGGCAUCUGAAAGCUCUGGGCUAUCAUGUAGUACUGGUCCACUACCAGGAGUUUAAAAAACUGAAGGAAGAAGAAGCAAUUGAGUGUUUGAAGGGAAAAAUCUAUUCAGCAGAUGCUCUUUGUUUUUCUGAUGUGAAUUUGCAGGAUAAUAAUUAAAAUGGACUGAGAACUUU